CGCACAAUGUGUUGAACGCAUUCAUUUCAUUAUGUGAACAUUAUUUGUUUGUGCCGAUCUGAUAUAUGAAGAAGCAUAGACAUUUCUUUAACAUCUCCGUAAAGCAGCGAAGUGCCGUCAUGUGAGUCCCCAUUUGACCCUGACUGAUCGUCAUCGACACGACAAAGAUGGACAUUGAGGAUAAACUAUUAUCAUUAUAUGACUAACAUGUUGAUGUAUUGGUGAAAUGAGCAAAGUGAGUUGACUUAAAACACAGUCAUCACAAUGGCUCUUACCAACACCACGAUUACAUCAUGGAAAUUGCAGGAGAUCUUGGCACACUCCAGCAAUGUGUCCUCGCUGGUGUUGGGAAAAUCGUCAGGUCGUCUGCUGGCAACGGGUGGCGAGGACUGCAGAGUCAAUAUCUGGGCAGUCAGCAAACCCAACUGCAUUAUGAGUUUGACCGGCCACACCAGUCCUGUGGAGUGCAUACAGUUUAACAGCUCUGAAGAGCGUGUGGUUGCGGGCUCUCAGUCUGGCUCCCUGCGGCUUUGGGAUUUGGAGGCUGCUAAAAUACUACGCACUUUGAUGGGCCACAAGGCCAAUAUAAGCAGUCUGGAUUUUCACCCUAUGGGUGAAUACUUGGCGUCUGGGUCUGUGGAUAGUAAUAUUAAGCUGUGGGACGUGAGAAGGAAAGGAUGUGUGUUUCGAUAUAAGGGUCAUACGCAGGCUGUGCGCUGUCUAGCCUUCAGUCCUGAUGGGAAAUGGCUUGCUUCUGCCAGUGAUGAUGGCACAAUAAAGCUGUGGGACCUUAUAGCAGGCAAGAUGAUCACAGAAUUCACAUCACACACAUCUGCAGUCAAUGUUGUGCAGUUCCACCCCAAUGAGUACCUGCUUGCUUCUGGGAGUGCUGAUCGGAGCGUUAAGCUGUGGGACCUGGAGAAGUUUAACGUGAUCGGCUCAUCUGAAGGCGAGACGGGAGCUGUUAGAAGUAUAUUGUUUAAUCCCGAUGGCAGCUGCCUGUACAGCGGUUCUGAGAACACACUACGAGUAUACGGUUGGGAGCCGGACCGCUGCUUUGAUGUGGUGCAUGUAGGCUGGGGCAAAGUGGCAGAUCUGGCCAUCAGCAAUAACCAAAUGAUUGCAGUGUCUUAUAGUCAAAAUAACGUGAGCUGGUAUAUUGUGGAUCUGAACCGAGUGAAGAAGUCAGGAUCUGUGAUUCAAGGGCUGAUCCAGGACAAGCCGAUUCCAGCACCCACAUCUGGACUGGGAACUACACUACGCAGAAAUUAUGAUCGACCCACUACAUCCUGCACUGGACAGGAGAUGAAGCAGAAUUCAGAGUCAGAUCGCCGUAGUCCAGAAGGAGAGAGGAGAAGUCCCAGCAGUGAAGAUGAGAAAGAUGAAAAAGAAAGCAGUGCCGAAAUCACCAACCCUGAGGAUUAUAAAGAGAUCUUCCAGCCCAAGAGUGUCAUCUCACGGACGCCUCCAAAACAGACAGAACCUUUCCCAGCACCCCUGGAGCAUUCUUUCUCUGAAAGUGUAUUGGAGAAACCCGGCCCAGCAGUCAAGAUUGUAACUCCAGUUAUAGACAGAGCAGGGCAGUUAAAAGCGCCGAUUAUCUCCUCUACCCCUGUGCAAAGAGUGGAACCAACCGUGAUCUCAGCUGCACGGCAGGUGCCUGUAGUGACCACAUCGGUGCCCUCACCUUCUCGUCCUGUGGUUACUACCACCAAACCUAAACCACCUUCUACAGGAAUCAUCCUUUCAACACGCAAUGAGCCCAUUGGCCUUAAUGCAGGGGACUUCCUUUCUCAUGCACGAAACAGUAAAGCCAGCGUGAUGGGAGAUGAAGAGGCAUUAGCACAGAUCAGGAAAGGGCAUGACACCAUGUGCGUAAUGCUGACCAGUCGUUACAAAAACCUGUAUACAGUACGCUCAGUCUGGACCAGUGGAGAUGUAAAGACUUCCCUGGAUUCUGCUGUUUCUAUGAAUGACCUCUCUAUUGUGGUAGACAUCCUCAAUAUAGUUAACCUUAAACCAUCUCUAUGGAAAUUGGACCUUUGCACUUCUAUCCUACCACAAAUUGAGGAAUUGCUGCAGAGCAAAUAUGAAAGUUAUGUGCAGACUGGUUGUACUUCUUUGAAGUUGAUCCUCAAGCGUUUUUGGCCACUGAUCUCAGACACACUGACUGCCCCUCCUUCUGUAGGGGUGGACAUUACUCGAGAGGAGAGGCAUCAGAAAUGUAAAGCCUGCUAUAAGCAGCUAAAAAACCUUAGUAAUGUAGUGAAGAAUCGGGCGGAGCAGGUUGGUCGUCAUGGCAGCACCUUUAAAGAGCUUCAACUACUCAUGGCCCCACUGGACUACUGACACAAAUGCAUUUGUACUUUAUCUCCAACACAAAGCUGAAGCACAAAGUCAGCAAGUGUCCAUAAUGGGUGAAACGCUGAGCUCCACGACUGCACUUGAAUGAACAGACAAUUUGCCUAGCACGUAAAUAUAUGUGUGCGCUCACAGACAAACACACUUUAAAAGUGAAGUAUUGAUGUAGGGUUUUGACUUAUUUUCCUUUAUAGUGGCUGAAAGUUGAUUUCUUUGUCAACACAUUUCCCUUAACACUUUCAACAAUAAAGUCAGACUUUUCAUAUGAAA